GGAGAAGGGCCACACUUCUCCGGUGUCGUACCGGGUACUUGAUCCUGUGGUUAAGAAUCGCAAAUGCACUUCCCUGAAGAUCCUAAAUUCCUCAAGUUUUUAAGAUCGCUGGCUCAAGUGGUUCGAAAGGAGACCGAAGAUCGAUUUAAUUUAGUUGGUUCCUUAUGCUGAUCGGAAUGAUCACUAUAUUUUUUUCUUCGGACUUCCGUGGAGGGUUAACAAAAAGCGCCUGUUUUUGUAUACCCUCCCCGAAGUUCUUCCAAAAAUUUGAUCAUUUGCAUACGGUCGCACUAGGUUCCGUCAGUAAUUAACGUUGCUUCUUCUUUCCUCUUUUUGGCCUCUCUUGACCAUUUUGAACAUGGUCAAGCGAGACGAAUCGUUUGAACUUUCUUUCUCCUUCACUACGAGCCAUUUUGGCUCAAGAUUCGACACAUUCUUGACAGGAUUUGAAGCGCCGUUAAUGGCCUACUUUGCAUUCAUUUGAACCGAGAUUCGAAAACAAAAACAAACUUCAACCCCUUGAAAACUCCCACUAUUAUCAAUUCUUGAACGUGUGUUCUUUUUCUUUGGUAGAAAUUUUCGGUCCGGGAAGCUGCAGUAAUCUUCUUUCAUUUUGGUGGAGAACCUGGGCAAUUAUCUUUCUCAAUUUCAUAUCCCCGACCCCCUAGAACUAGGACUAGUUUAGAACUAAAAAUGGUGCCGCAAAGCCAAGACAACGGAGGGGAGAAACCCUUCCAAAACGCUCAAGGAGGAGCAGCAGAGCACUCCGAAGCUCAACGCGGUGGGCCGCAACCUAUCCGCACUUCCUCCGCAACGUCUUCUGGGAGUAUUUUUGACGUGACUGGGCGCCGAUUUCGUCGCGGUGGAACUCGUUUUGAGCACUCGCAAGAGCUACCCACAGUUGAGGAGAUCGAGCCUUCGGAAUCGAGUGUCGGCGCAGCCAGUGCCGGCGCGGAAUUGAUUGGGAAAGAGCUUGGGGAACGUGCUGUGGCAGCAGGAGAAGCAGCCGGGCACGCCGUAAAAGCGGUUGGAAGCUUCUUUCAGGGAUUCUAUGCCACUUUGACCAAGGAGGAACCGCAGGAACAACCGUGGCGCCAGCAAGCUGCGGCAACUUCUUUUCAACAGACACCGGAGGCGGAAGAGCACUUCAGCGAACGUUACAACCGUCAGACCAGCCCGCUUUUCACGCCGGAGCGUGGUGGCCGCAAUUUGAUGGAAGGAAAUGCCGCUCGUUUUGGUAAGGCUAUGUAUCCGGAGCAGCAACAAGAAGAGCAGUUCGAAGACCUGCAACCGCAGCACAGGGAGGCCCGACACGGACCGCCGACGAAAAACCUUUGGCCAUCGUCGCUUGAACCGAGUCUGUUUUCUAUGCCGACCGGGGACGCCGGAAAGGGUCUCGCCGAUUUCUUUACAGGCAUGGGAAAACGAGCAGAAGCAGCCUUCUUUGAACAGGAACCGAAAGCGCCGAACCCGUUCUGCGAUGAGGAGCAGGAAGAACAUCGCCCCGCAAGUGGUCUUCUUCAUCAGUUCCCAACAGCCCGCGAAACGUUACAAAGAGCCGCAGAACAAGAACAGCACUUCUACCAUCCGCCUGGAAUGAUGGACAUGGAGCAGCAGCACCAGCACGAAGAGCAGUUCAAGAGCAGCAACAAAGCCGACGGAUUUGAGCAAGACAAGCAGCGCACGCACCUGGAAGAGUACUUCAACAAGAUGCAGCAGAAGCAGAAACAAGACAGCGAGUUACAACACGAAAAAAGCACCACGAAGAGCCCGCCUUUGGGUGGCUUCCCUUUGCCUCCGAGGUGGGCUUUUGAAAUCGUUCGGGAACUCGAAGUGUCGGGCGCUUUGCCUGAUAUCGUCCGCACCAUAGACAGCACCGGAAAAGCAGGCGAGGUAGUCUGGAGUGGUCUAACCUAUUCGGACUUCAGCGGCCUGGCUCGGGAGCACAUCAAGGAAAAAGUUCGGAAAGCCGUUUCGCGCGUUUAUGGUUCUGGAAGUGUUCGCGUGGAGUUGCGUGCCGGUUCGUUGAUUGCAGAUUGGCAGUUCGGUUCGUUGAAUGGCAGCGGUGGAGCUUUCGCAAAACCUCAUCUGCCGCAACUUAAGUUCAAAGCGGUCAGACAGGCGGAAGCAGUAUUGGAAAUUGUGGAAAAUCGUCAGCCGUUGAAACAGUACCAGGCGGAAAAGAUGUUGCGGCACGCUUGGAACGGAAUGCAGCUUGGGGACGUCGCCAACGGCAUCAAAAAGCGCACUGCAAGAACGCUUGCGAACUUCGACGCGGUACAAGAUUCCGAGGGGCUUUACCACGCUGCUUUCAAUGAUUUCGUCGACCAACUUCGUUUAGAAUUCGGAAUCACAAACCAAGCUGCGAUCUCCACGCUGGAAGGGCUUUUGAGCGCAGUCAAGUACACGAUCGCAGGAAAGGAGCAGGGCGCAGCCCUUGUUGCCUUCGUAAGUUCCUAUCGUGUUCAUUUCGAAUUGCUCAUGGAGGAACGCAGAGAAACCGGCAACACGUUUUUCACCUUGUCAGAUGUCGAUGGCAGCGACAUGGAGCGCAAGAACAUGGUGAACAACUUGAAGUACCGCAGCGGCUUGCCGAUUUGGAUCGUAACCAAAAUUGACGACUACUUCGGGGACCGCGGAGACACGCUUGAGAGGCAGUCCUUGCAGGCAAUUCUAUCGCGGAUUGCGAUCACCGGCCAAGCAGAGCAAGCAAAACAGCAGCAGCAGCGCCCCGUCGGUAUUCCGCCGGAACCAACGUUGCGAACACUAACAGGAAACCGAACCGACGAGAGCAAGUUGGGAGCGAUGACCCCGCAGGCAGUGUUAGAAGAGCAGAACAGGCACACGACAACGCAGACGCAAACGGCGACCCGACAACCAGGAGCGACAGCCGAAGGAGCUGGGUGCGGUGGGAACCAUCGAUACAUCCACCACGCAAAGUUCAACAAACGCGUAAACGCCAUCGAGCGGCGCGCCGGAACCCCGCUUGCAGUAGGCUUUUGCAGCUAUUGCCAGAAGCACCACAAGACCACCGGAGACCCCGCCGACAUCCUCUGCCCCGACAAGAUUGCUGCCGAGGAUUCACGUGAAGGGAAUGGUCUGCGUUGUAACAUGGCUUGCGCCCCGUACGAGCACAGAGAAGAUUUGACCGAGAUGCCGACGCGUCGCUUCGGUGCGAUGAACAGCGAGCAGCAAGACCAAGAGCCGCAACAAGAGCAAGCGCAGGAGCAGAAAGCCGAAGAGCUGAAAGCAACAGAGCAGCAACCACAAGGCAGCAAGCGUCACGGCGAAGCAGAUGCAGAAGGCUGGCAAAAGGUGUUAGCAGGUGCGAAAGGAAAGUGGAAGGCGAGCGGAAAGGGCUUUAAGGCGAUGAACAGCAUGAAGGCGCCCGCGGCGGUCUUCUUGCAUAUCACCGAAGGCGAGUUGAAAAGGUACGCAGGUGGCGCGGCGAUUGAUAGCCGUCACGAGUGGCGUCCGGUCUUCUUCGAACCUCGUGAACCGCUUGUCUUCACAUUAAAAGUUUGCACAGCAUACGCAGAACAGCAAGGAGCGUUCGCGGAAGUCGAUGCGACGCUGGGUUCGUUGAAGUUCUCGCGCGCGCUGGCGUUUGAAGAGGUGUUCGAGGUUCGCAACGCAGAAACCGGAGAAAGGGUUCAGAACGAAGACGCAGGGCCGCCGGUUGUGGGUUCUUUUAAACAGCUGAAGGAAACGAGAAAGCCGCUGACCCCGUUGGGCGUAGUGCACGUUAAGGGAGCUCCGGUCGAAGCCUUUUUCGAUAGUUGUUGCUUGGUUGGAGCAGAGGAAGAGGGCCGAAUUCUGAUCGAUGAGACCUUCUUUGAACAACUUCGAAAACGCAGCCCCGACGCAAUUCGCAAUCUUCGCGAAGUUGGUAGAGAUGUAGUUCAGCUAGGAGCCGCAGCACACCAGGUUCCGUACGUUCGUCGGCUUGUCGAAGUCCUCAUCACUGUCGCCGAAAACAAGAAGCGGCAACAGUCUAUGUGGAUUCCCUUUGCGGUAGUUCCGUGGCUGUGUGUUGGUGAUAACAUGGCGUUUGGCCUUCGUUAUUUCGAUGAAGUGUUCGGUGUUAAGUACGAGCCGAAGGCGCUGAACCUCACGAAACUCAGCAUCUCAAUCCCGAGAGGAAUGGGAAACUACGAGGCCUUCGGAGCCAUGAAGGAGGAGGAGAAAGCGAACGAGCAACAAGCAACGCAGGAGCAGCAAGAGCAGGAGCAGGAGCAAGAAGAGCAGCCAGAACAGGAGGAACAGGCCGAAGAAGAAGAGACCGGCAACGAGACGUCUGAGAACGCUGCAUCAGACUCGGAGGAGACGCCGGCGGGCGUCUGACUGAGCUCCACGAAAAAGAGGAAAAAGCCGAGCCAGAAGGGCCGGCAGCGAGCUUUGAAGAAGGUUAAAGCGGUGGAGGGAACUUCAAAGCAGGAUAGGACACAGGGGACGAAGAAGCGAGAAACGAAACCGGCAGCGAAGAAAGCCGGCAAGAAAAGAGCCGAACAAGAAACGACAGAAACCGAACAGACGGAGCAGAACCCGGAGGAGGCCACCGGGGACGCAACUCAGGUUGUGCAAAAGAUUCGAAUACCUUCUGAAGACGUAGUGCGGCUGCUUGUGCAUAUCGACUUCAUGAAACUCUGACCCGGGAGGGCGUAUUCUUUGACAGCGCGGCAAGGAUGUGGGGUUGAUCUGAGCCCGAUGCCGAUCCUGCUCCGCAAAGAAGUAGAGGGCGUUCCGAUCGUUCUCGAAGCUUCGCACGAUUCCAGAUUCAGCAGGAGUCUCAGCGUCGAACAGCUAGUAGUGCGACAAAUUUGCGAUCGGCCUUUGUCCCAACAAGAAGUCGCGGGCGCGGUGCUUGGUGUUGAAAAGCUCUUCGGAGAUAAGUCGGCGCCGCUGUUGGUCGAGCAGCAACGCAAGGAAGCAGAAGGCAGGUUCUCUAUAUGAAUACGUGUGGCGCUGCUGGGGACGAAGAUGAGCCAGAACAACCACAACGAGGGCGGAGCAAGUUCAUGAACGCGAAGUACAAAAAAGAGGCACGAAAGAACCUUGACCCAGCCGAAGAAGAAACAGCAAUCUGCGAGGAGAUUGCCAGCAAGAAAGCGAAGCGGAAAGGAGGUUCCGACAAGAUUCCGAGAGACAGCGAGGAGUGGCGCAAGCGAGUCCGAGAAGCACAAGAAGAAAAGCAGAAGGACGUCCCGGAGCCUCUUCGGACUAAGAGCAUCGAUAAGAUUACGAGAAACGCCGAGUACUUGCACGACGACGGGGCAGAAUUUCCAUUGUUGAAAGGGAUCCGCGCUUCGCACAAGAUCAAGAGGUCAGCACAGUGGAAGUUGCAACAGCCCUACAGCCUAAAUUUUUUGGAUUCGAUGCGGGUCAGUUUUCUAAUUAAAGAACACAUCUUCGAAGACAAGAUCAGGCACCACGACGUGAAAAACGAAGCGCCGCCGCCGAUGACUUCGCCAGUUUUUUUAGCUUGCCGGCAGAAGAGGACACGUCGUUCGCAGAGUCGUUGUUGACUACCGAAAAUACAACGAGCAGGUCGAGGAUUAUCGCAUGGCAAUGCCACGUGCUGACAAGAUCUUCAAGAACUUGCUGAGCGGGAAGCCGAAGUGGUUCGUCGUCUUGGAUUUGGCGAUGGGCUAUAGUCAGAUGUUGUUGGAUCCAGAGACCGCAGAAUGCCUCUCCUGGUCAACGUCUGAAGGGAUCUUCAUCCCGAAGCGCUUGCCGUUGGGACCGAAGUGGGCGCCAGCGUUUUUUCAGAGCCACACGCAGCGAGUUUUCGGAACUCUUCAGCGGUGCAGUGUUUUCGUCGAUGAUCAAUCUUUGCUUCUCCGCGUCUUCAGAUGAAGAGCUUCUGCAGCGUUUAGACGCGUUGUUCGAUAGGUGUCGGCAAUCGGGUUUCUGUUUAAGUUUGCGCAAGUCCGUGUUUGCAGCACGCUCCGCCGAAGUAUUGGGAUUUGGUGUCUCUGCUCAAGGAAGAACCCCGACCCCGAAAAAGCGGGAGGCUUUACAGAGGUGGCCGCAUCCGAAGACCGCAGAGAACUUGAAGUCUUUGGUCUGCUUCGCGAAUUACCACAGGGAGUUCAUGCCUCGCCUGCCGCAAAUUGUUGAACCGCUCCGCAAGUACAUAGACAAGAAAACGCUUCUCAAGCAUUUCGAAACCGACGAAGAAGCGCUGCAACACGUGGAGGAACUACGACACGCACUUGGCGCGGAAGCCUACUAGGUUGACCUAGAUGCGGAAGCGGCUUUGAACUGGCGCGAAACCGGCAGGCCCGCCCGCCUGUUGAGGUUUUUUGUGAUGCUUCAGAGAUUUCCGAAAGCUUUGCUGUUUGUCAGAGGAAGGAGCCGCACGGACGUCCCUUUCCGAUCUGUUUCAAGGGUCACACCUUUAGCGAGCAGGAACGAAACUGGUCAACGAUGGAGGAAGAGGCGCAUGCGAUGAAAUUUUUCAGCGAGGAAGGCGUACCGGAAUUCGAUCGAUUUGCGAUCCUUCUUUACUUCGAUCACAAGAACAACGGCACAGCGGAGAUGGGGGCCCUUUUUGCCAGCCAGAGGGUCGCAGAGAAGGUUCGUAGAUGGAUCGGGGAGCUUCCUUUAUGACAACUUCGCCCGUGGCAACGUUAUUCGUUGUUUUCUUCCUGGUCAACGCAACGUCUUAGCGGAUGCAAUCAGCCGCACUCGGUGGGGCGAUGCUGAUGAUGAUGCGGCAGCCGUUGCCGGUCAAGAAUGAAGAUGGCAUCGACGGACGCGUAGGCGAGUUUAUUCAUUUCCUUUUCGAGAAUCCGGAACAACGUGUAGGACAACAAGAAACAGGGCCAGAGCAAGCGAAAGCUACGAAGCUUGCGAGAAUGACUUCUGGGAUGCGUGUGCCUGAGGUGAUUGAAGCGCUUUGCAAUGCACCAGAAAAGUUAGAAGGAGCAUGCUUUGCGGCAUAUAUGAACAACUACGCCCCUUUGCUGUCGCAGUUUCGUGCGCAACGUGCAGCACCAGUUGCAGACCUCGAGUUGAAGCGGUACCACUCAACUUCAACACGCUCAGAAGCUUGGCACCUCGAAGCAAAAAGUCGGCUGAAGAAGUUGUCUUGGCCAAUGGUCAGUCGCGUAGGAUGCAGAAAGUACCGUAGGACCGACUUGGAGGCGCGUAGAGCUUUAGUUCACGCCUUUCGGGAGUGGUUGGCAAGUCUCUCCACAACGCACGAGAGCAGCUUCCGCGUCUUCGGCUUUAUCCCGGAGGAUUGUUUAGAAUUCGAGGAGACGAACGAGGAACAGCGACAAGGCACCUCGAGAACGAUUCGGGACUUUGACCCCACGAAGAUGACGAUCGACGACCCAGAAACGACUUGCGGCGCGCCGCUAUGAUUGGAGACACAUGCAACCAGGGACGGUUACUCUGAUCACGACUAUCAGCGUGGUUGUAUGUGCCGCCAAGUCUUCGCGACACCGAACGAACAAGAACCGAAAGGGCAAGACGACGACAAGAGCAACGACCCGAACGAGCAACAAGACAGCGCGCUGAAGGAUAGCAACGGCAACGACAACGACGAGCAGCAAGCCGAAGCGAGGGACCUAGCAGAGCAGGUUCCAGAACCAGAAAACGAACAAGAAAACGAAAACGCAGCAGCCGAAGAAACAGCAGAGCCGAAAGCGAUUUUGCUAGACUUCGCAACGAGAAGUCUCAACGGAGACAGCACCGAAAACAUCCGAACCGAGGAUCUCUAUGCAGCCUUGUGGCGCGACAACGUGUUGACAGGCUUGGAAGUUUUUCGCAAGUGGAUUUUUGCGCCGGGGCGGUUUUUAGUUUGGCCAGCAAGUUGGGGAACAGUUCGUGUUGUCCUCUUCUACCGAGCUGGGCCGAAACGGGUUAGUUUGCAGAGUACGACACGGAAGGCCGAUGGAGCUACUGAAGGAGGCUUCCGGAUCGUCUGGCACGGUGUCCGAGGAUACGACGUUUUGCGGUGCUCUUUUGAUGGGCAAGAAGCGUUGCUUACAGUGCAUCGCAAGCGGCGCAGCUUCAGGCCCACGACUAGAGGUUGCACAAGAACAGCGGCGCGACGAAUACUGUGGGCCUAUAUUACAAGCACUUGCAGAGCGAGACGAAAAAGCCAGCGAAGACUGGAAACAGGGAGUCCGGCGAAGCAUAGUUGGCACGAGAGCGGAAGCGAGGAAGCUGAUCAGAAGGAUCGAAAAAGGCGAGUUCAGAUUCGACGACGAUGGUUGUUUGCUUCAGAAGGUCCGCGGAAUCUGGUGUACCAUUGUGCCAGAGGUUUUGCGAUUGAAGAUUCUCAAGGAAAGCCAUGACCAGCACCACGGGACUUUCAGUGCAACUUUGGAGCGACUGAGGCAAGAAGAAGAACGUGUCUGGUGGUUUGGCAUCGAGGAAGAUUGCGAAGAUUUUUGCGAUCGAUGUUCGCUGCCUAGUCUGUGGAGUUGAGCGAGCCAACGCGAAGACCGACUCUGUCUUCUAUCAGGAUACCGCCCGGCGCUUUGGUGAUAAGUUCUUCAUCGAUCACCAUGGUCUUUACGCAGAAUCCAAGCGCGGAAACAAGUACUAUUUUACCGUCGUCGACUUUGCAACUGGAUAUGGAUGGUUAUUCGCAGUUCGCAGCACCGACCUGAAAUACGUCAUCGCCUGCCUCGAUGAAGUCUUCAAGGAUCAAGGGUUCCCAAACGGAAUUCGCUGCGACAACGGGGGCGGGGGACGUGGCGGACUUGUUGCAAAGUUGUGUCGCAGAUACCGCAUUCGAUUCAAACCAGCUUCGCGAGAGAAUCCACGAGGCCAAUGGCCAAUCGAGUUUCCCCACAAGGAGACGCGCGCCUUUCUAGCUACUCGGAUGAGAUUCAGCAGCAAGAAGAACACUUGGGACAACGAGCAAGACGAUUUACAGUGGCACUGGAGAACGACCUCACGACCCGCAUGGGGCUACAAGUCUGCCCAUGAAUUCCGCUUCAACGAGAAACCUCGCUUACAGCUAUCCGCAGUUGCAAAACGAUUCGAAGACGACGAAGACCCGACCGAAGGUACGUGGGACCGACUAGACCACGACACGCGAGCCGCGGAGGAGAUGUUAGCGAAACACAAAGCACGACGUGAACGGACUUUCUUCCUCAACGACGAGGCGCAAGCAGCCAGCAGGCAGGGCACGAGCGACGGAGAGUUCAAGGAAGGCGAUGUGGUUUACUAUCGGCAUGCACGAGCAGAAGUUAAGCGGAAGGACAUGCUUACCGGUGUGAACAUCGCUUGCCUGUACAUGGUGAAGCAGAAGCUGAACCCUAUCUCGUAUUUUCUGGUCGAUUGGCGUGACAGUCUAACAGCGAUUACAUUCGUGCAGCGAGUACAUCGGAAGGUCUUGAGCGGUGCCGGAAUACGUGUUGAAGAUUUUCUAGUAGACAUCAGGAAACGCUUCUGGGCUACUGCUGAGAAGGUCGGCGUGGGUGUCUUUGUAAAAAGCUAUGACGCAUUCCGACUAGACAUCAGGAAACGCUUCUGGGCUACUGCUGAGAAGGUCGGCGUGGGUGUCUUUGUAAAAAGCUAUGACGCAUUCCGACUACGAUACGCAUACGAGAAAGACGGCGAAGAGUACGUAGGAAACAAGGAGCAAGUAGAAGGGUUUUGCUUAGGUCUUCGGGAUGGUGCACUGGGGACGGUUUGUGGUUAAGAAUCGCAAAUGCACUUCCUUGAAGAUCCUAAAUUCCUCAAGUUUUUAAGAUCGCUGGUUCAAGUGGUUCGAAAGGAGAUCGAAGAUCGAAUUAAUUUAGUUGGUUCCUUAUGCUGAUCUGCGUGAUCACUAUAUUUUUUUCUUCGGACUUCCGUGGAGGGUUAACAAAAAGCGCCUGUUUUUGUAUACCCUCCCCGAAGUUCUUCCAAAAAUUUGAUCAUUUGCAUACGGUCGCACUAGGUUCCGUCAGUAAUUAACGUUGCUUCUUCUUUCCUCUUUUUGGCCUCUCUUGACCAUUUUGAACAUGGUCAAGCGAGACGAAUCGUUUGAACUUUCUUUCUCCUUCACUACGAGCCAUUUUGGCUCAAGAUUCGACACAUUCUUGACAGGAUUUGAAGCGCCGUUAAUGGCCUACUUUGCAUUCAUUUGAACCGAGAUUCGAAAACAAAAACAAACUUCAACCCCUUGAAAACCCCCACUAUUAUCAAAUCUUGAGCGUGUGUUCUUUUUCUUUGGUAGAAAUUUUCGGUCUGGGAAGCUGCAGUAAUCUUCUUUCAAUCCGAACUUGGCCGUCAGCCCUUCUGAUAGAAGACAGAUAAUUGUCAGGACAGAGGAGGUUCCACUAUGUCUCAACCUCAAAAAGCAAGGGGCGCCCUACUAUAGCUCUAGCGCGCCGGCGAAGACAUGGGUGGGGGCGAACCGGCUCUGGCUAGACGGUUUUCUAUACAGCAGGAAUGUUCUGGAUUCACAAAAAGACGGUCCUGACCUCUGGCGAGAGGGCAAAGUUGAGCUUAAGAAAAGGACUUUCAACAAUCGAAUGACACAGUACUAUCAGAUGUUGCUUCAGUAUUUAUGCAUUUGAGUAUUAUGAUCUCAUUCAAAAUGAAAUCAAUCUGACCUUCUUGAUGUUGGUGAGACACGCGAGUGAAGCUCUUUACAUACUUAUCCGCGCAUGACCUGUUUCGUCAUGCCAGAGAUUUGAUAGCACACACUGCAGCCCUAAUCUCAUCGAGGAUGGCAAAGUUGGAGAGUGCGUACUGGUAGAGGAUGAGGAAGGCGGCUGCAUGAAGACAAUCUUUCAAGAAACGACAACGAGUAUACAAUCACAGCCCGAUGCCGCAGCGGCAGAAGGUUCAGACUCGUUCUUUCUGUUUUUUCUCGAUGCAUGAGAAAACGUCUUACAAUAUGCGUUGCAGGUGUUCAAUUGCGAACUUCACUAAAUGACCAUACUUGGGUGUGUGCUUACUGUCUGUUCGCUACCAGCUUUAGUACCACCAAAACCGAAUAUGACUGAACUAACUCACUUUUUGUGAUCCCGAAGUGCUCCACUUCAAAUCCGAUCUAACCAGGCUGGUGCAAGCCGCCGGAGAUGGUCGUUGCUGAGAGUCAAAGCGUGGAUCACGUUUAUCAGCUAUGGAACGUGUCCGAAGACACCAAGAGGAGUAUCGCUAUGAGCGUGGCCAUGGAGCGCCAGGGAGAGCCGGAGGCCCCACUGCACACAUGCCUGAACACACCGGAGAUGUACAAGUUCCUUAAAUGUGAGGAAGUAUAUCCAGGGUCAGCGUCAAGGUUGGGGUCGUGCAGGGAUGUAUUGGAGAAGGUCAAUGGAAUGGAAGGAGCAGGGGUUCCGAAGCUCAUAAUCAGUACGGAAGCCACACGUAGUGGCACCACUCACCGGUUUGUGAUGACACCGAAGAUGGAGGCGAAGGACGCGAAGCAGUUUUGGAGAAAAGAAGGGACUCUCUGCAAUAUUAUGAUGAGGCACACCAACUGCUGACUCCCAUUUUAGAAACUGCAUUACUGUGCGUCCCCAUUUGUCAGCUUUAACUUUGCGGGAAAAGCGUCAACGACGGCUACUCCGGCUACUGGUUACGAAAUUAUCGCUACGGCACUAGCUGCUGUCGACCCAGCGGCCUUUUGGGAAGUUAAUCGCGUCAAGAGCAACAGCGAAUACUUUCCUGAAGGGCAUUGCGCAUGGAUAGAAGAUCAAGAAAAUAGAUGCAAGAAAACCGUUUGCGAGCCAUCUCAGUAGCGAUGACAGAAGCAGUGGACAGGAGUCGCGAUGAGGUAGAAAAAACAUCCAUUCAUAUUCUCUGAUUUUGAUGUUGUAGUGCAACGACCGCAAACAGAUAAGUUAUCCCACUUAAUCUCCCUCGAACUUAGGAUGAAUACACUCAAGAACAACAAAUGAAAACUUCUAUGAGCAAAAUGAUCGCGAACAACAUGAUCACUUUUCUGAGACUAAGGAUGAAGCACGCUCUGCAAUAAAUCAUGAAACUCGAUCACCUCUCCAGGUUUUUCGGAAGGCGUUGUUAGCUCACAGAAAGCCAGGAGUAUGUGUGAGCAGAGGAAGGAUAGUGCAUUGGGGAAAAUUAGGUUAAGAAUGUGUCAUUGAUGUGGUGACUGAAACUCGAGCUUGUGCAUGUUGGAAACAUCUGAUAUGAUUGAUCAAUGUCACAAAUUGAAGAAGAUGAUGAUUAGGAAAUGUGUGGCUCGUACGUAGGAAUCUUGUAUGACUAGGACAAUGAUUGUAGCAGCACGACCACCAUCAAGCAGAUGAAGCGAUAAAAUGGGAACCAAUAUUAUACUCGAGCAAAUAAAUUGUACGACCCAGAGCUGCAGCAACCGUUGCAAGAGUGUAUCUUAUCAACUGAGAAAGCUAGGGUAUGUCCUCUUCGUCCUCGUGUUAGUUCGCAUGUGUGGUAGUUUCCUUGUGUGAAGCGAGGGUUCUCUCUUAGAUCUUAGUAUGACUCCACCAGAACGGUAGGUGUUAUCAACAUUGAUGUGUGCCUUGAACUGAUGAAAGCGUAGUAGACCAUUUUGAUGUAUCAAAUUCGAAUAUCAGGAUAUGAAGUUCAAAUAUGAAAAAUCUGAAAUUCCAACGAAGAAGCGUUGGAACCCUAGAGCACAAACAAGCAAAAGUAUAUCGUUUCGAUUUCUCCUUGUAGUUUUAUUAGCUAUGUACAGAGUGGUCGGUCUCAGAUGACAAUGCCGAACUGUAGCUGGACUUUCACCUAGAUCAAACAUUUAGAUAUUGAUUAGAGAUAGGAAAUGCAAGACUUCAGAAGCUUAGUUGUUCAACAAUCGAAAGUCACCUACGAUGAUUGAUGUAGUACCUAUUAAUGUUUCCGAGAAAGUAUGAUAUUAUUCUACUGAAAAAGAGCACAAGAAUGAAGACCUCCAGCGACAAGCUAGCACAGGGAAAUAGAAGUAAGCUGUAUAUUGCAGGAGAACCGAACCUGUUCACAAGAAAUUAUAACAAUGUCAGACUUGGAGGACAGCGGAGUUGUUCGGUUAAGCUGGUUUGUUCACUUUUGUAGUGACUGAGAAAACGAGAUCGCAUUCACUUCAUUCGGGGGUCGCGCAUCCUACACGCGAACACUCAUUCACUCUAUUCGGGGGCCGCGCAUCCUACACGCGGACGCUCAUUCAUUCCGUUCAAUUCCGUUCGAUUCGCUAGCGAUUCCCACUUCGCUAUUCUGUAUUCUUUUCUUUUCCCUCCCUCCCGCCCUUUGUGCCGCUUCAGGCACCCCGCGGCACCUCGGAGUCCGUUCAUCUUCAUUCCGUUCUCCUUCAUUCCUGUCUCCCAUUCACUUUCACACUCUCGUGUUUUCGUGUCCUCAUUUCACACUCGCCCAUGCAGCUCCUCGCAGUCAUUUUCUUUGCCUUUCUCGUGCUGCAUAGUUGCACAAUUUGCGCGAUUGACUGUCUGGAGCUAGUGGGCUAGUAUGAAAUGCUGGCCGCCAGGCAAUACUACAAAAGUCGCGUUCGUUCAUUAUUAGGCAAAAGGGAUCAAAUAUUAGAGAACGCAGACAACGAAAAUGCUUCAGAUUCUACCUCAGAUAUUAGACCGCGGGUUCAAAUUUCACUGAAUAGGUUGAUAUUGAAAUGUAUGUUAGUUUCUCUUUCAUUAUAAGUACUAUAGUGUACUAGUGCAUGGAUGUUGAUGAUGCGCAAAUGACGGCUCGACCAGACAACAUGUUAGAGUCAUUCUCUGUUUACGGACAAAACUACUGUUCCUAGGCUGUAUCGAAAAGAAAUAGCGUGAAGUUUGGAUA